AAGAUGGCCACAGGGGAAGAUGUCUGGGACUCUCUCCCAAAGGUGGAGCAAAAGGCUAUCUGGGAUGAGACAGAACGCAAUUUCUGGGUUAACCUCCGCAGCAAGAAGGAUGCCGAGAACAAAAAGAUCGAGAAAGAUUUCCAGCUCUCAAUUAAUGAAGUUCGGUUGAAGUUCAGUGAUCUCACAGGGCAGCGAAGUCAGCUGAAAGAAUCUCAAUCCCGAUUAGUUAGCGAACUCGCCAAAGUCGAGGCGGAACUGGCACGCACCACUGAUGAGUGUGAGGAGAAGGCCAACCGACUUAAGCGCAUUGAGCAAGACUACCGCGCGUCGCAGCUAUCCCCAGCCUUUCACGGGCCGAUCCCACGAAUAGAGCCUACAAAUGGCACUGCAACGGUAGUGGACAGACCCGAUGAAGUAAAUGAUGAGGAUCGUAUGGAAGGCUUUGAGCACCAUGAUAACGAGGCAGCCGAGACCCUCGUUGAUGUUGUUGAUGCUGAUGGAAAUGUGAUCGGACCCGUGGAACAGAUCGAGCCUUGGAACCAAUGGGUUGAGGGAAUCCAAGGAUUGGAGAUACGAAGACCUGUCAAGAUUCGCCGAGGACGACGCUUCAACGCUAGACAUCUUACCAGCAUUUACGAACGAACUGAGGCGAAGGGGGUCAAAUGGCUCUCUUGUAUGAUUCAAGCUACAGGAGAAAUUCAGGCCAAGAGAUGCCAGUCAUGCGACAAGAACCAAGGCGCCUUUGAUGACUGCAUUAUUGUCGGCGGAGAUCUCUUUCAGAAAUGUGGCAACUGUGAAUGGAAUCGUCAGGGAUGCCACGGUGCUUCAGGGGACACAAUUGAUAUACUGGCCUCGAGGGAGAGAGCACGGCGGAAGAAACAGCUGGAAGAAGGAGUUCAACAGACUCCCGCAGGCCGUUCUUUGGAAACAAUACAUCCGACAGUUGAAGUUCAGCCAAGGCCUGAGCCAACACGUCAACCAGAACCCCAACGAGUUGAACAACAAAUCUCUGUGCCCUCUCGGCCACCUUCACCACAGCCCGUUCUACAGCGUACACUUGAAAGAUUCCGUGAGCGACAGCCCGAGAGACAACCGGAUAGACAGAUUGAGCGACAGCCCGAGCGACAACACGAACAGCAACCUGAGCGACGGCCUGAACGACCAAUUGAGCCUCAACUUGCACGAGUGACUGAGUGUCAGGCAGAACGGACUACAACACGACAGCCAGAACGGCGCCCUGAGCCCCAAACCGAGCGAAUUCUGGACCGAUCCAAUGACCGGUUCCAUGAUGUGAUCGCUACAAGGGCCCCGGAACAAACUGUCGAAGUAGCACCAGUGCAAAUCGCUGAACGUCCUCGUGAAAUGCCCCAUAGACCAAUUUAUGGUUCACCUCACGGAUCUCCAAGCCGUCCGACAACGGCUCCCAGGUCGGAUUAUGCUCCGGAACGUAUGAUUGACCCCGUGGACUCGCCCUUACCGACGCCAAUCUCUCCUCAACCCAGGCCCUUGGAGACACUGCGCUCUGUGCUUCCUUUGAGUGCCCCCCGACACUCCUCUCAUGACAUUCUCCACCCAUCAACAGAGCUCGAUGGCUCUACCAAAGACCAUCGCGGUUCUGCUCAGGUCCACACACCACGAGAACUUGAGCGGAUGAAUACUCCACAAGAGUAUCGUAUAACUCCUGGGUUUACGCCGGCCAAUAUUAGAAGUCGACCUCCAUCCAGCGAACGAGGAAGACCAACUCCACCAUUGUUGCCCAUUGAUCUUUCAUCACAGCCUCCUGAAUUUCCUCCUGCUCUACCAUUGGAAGAGAUCACCCGAGAGAACAUGGUUCUCAAGAAUGAUGGAGUUGCUUACACUUAUCCUGAAUGCGUUGCGGGGGUGCCAUUGGUCAAGAUUACCGAGGAACACCCCUAUUGGGAAGCCAACUGGCCAAACGUCAAAUCACUUAUUGAGCCACAGCUUGCUCGAUGGCGUGAGAAGCAUCAGGCUGCUAUUGAAGCAGGUCCUAAGCAGGAUAAGGGAGGCUCUUCAAAGUAUCAAAUUGGCAGACAGGUCAACCGUGGUAUAAAAAUUCUCGAAUUCCACGAGAAGGGCCCCAUCAGCCCUUAUCAGUUGUUAGGUAAAAGAUAUAUUCAGGCUGGCAAGGGUGGUAUAACCUCAUAUGACACCCUAUUUCGCCUAUCAGAGACAAUAUCGGAGCUCGAAAAAUUCAAUCUUGACAUAUCGCCGGUUGACUGGAUGCGACAGCGUCUCCACGAACUGAUUCAAACUCAAGGUCUCAAUUUCAACCUGCCACGAACAAUUCACGACUUCUAUCAUGACUCAAAACUCACAAGUCUUCGUUACAAGCAUGGCUUUAAGAACAUAGGACGCCCUUCUGGAGACAUGAAGGCUCGCUUGAGCCAUGGCAGCCCUAGCACUAUACCCAAACCUCCCCAAAAGCGCAAGUCUAUGCACUCGGUUACUACUACGCCUCGUGAAGGUUCCUUCGUCAACCACUCUCCUCUGCCUGGUCAAAUAUCCUCAGGCUACAGAACUCCAGCCUCGGUCCCGGCCCCUGCUCCUCAGCCAGUCUUCAGCACCCACCUCAACAAGAAGCCCAAAUACAUGCCACCUGCAUAUUGUCGCCCCGAUCACGACGAAUUUCAUUUUGAGGCUUGGUCCGAUACAGAUUCAUGCAGUGGUGGCAGCAUUACUAAAUAUGAUUGGCGUCUUGCUGUAGUCAAGACUCGAUUAUAUACCAGCCACAUCAAUGUUACACAGUAUUGGACCUGGGUACUCAAAGACGUGAAACCUGCGAAGUGGGGCUUGUUUAGGGACGAGAUCGAUUUCCAUGUCCACAUCGCAGAGAUUGAGGAGAUGGAGUGGAGUAUCGAAGCACUUCGCGUUCACAUCAUUAUGAAAAAGGGUGUCGGAGAGCUUGCUCCAGAUGGCAUGCCUCGAGGCGAUGUCAUGGCAUCUUUCCCACGAGCACGUACAAUGCGUCGCUUCCUGUUCUUUUGCAGAGAAAGGGGUAUGAAAAUGGCUAAGAAAAAGCCGUAA